CAUGGUAACCCCAGCUUCCCUAGCAACCAAACAGGUGCAAGCAGCAACCAGUCGCGCUCUCCGCUCCCGUUGCUCCCGGAAUGCCCCUUCGGGUUAGCGAUUACAGCUGGCAGCAGACGAAGACUGCGGUCUUUCUGUCUCUGCCCCUCAAAGGCGUGUGCGUCAGAGACACGGACGUGUUCUGCACGGAAGACUAUCUGAAGGUCAACUUUCCUCCAUUUUUAUUUGAGGCAUUUCUUUAUGCUCCCAUAGAUGAUGAGAGCAGCAAAGCAAAGAUUGGGAAUGACGCCAUUGUCUUCACCUUGUAUAAAAAAGAAGCGGCCAUGUGGGAGACCCUUUCUGUGACGGGUGUUGACAAAGAGAUGAUGCAAAGAAUUAGAGAAAAAUCUAUUUUACAAGCACAAGAGAGAGCAAAAGAAGCUACAGAAGCAAAAGCUGCAGCAAAGCGGGAAGAUCAAAAAUAUGCACUAAGUGUCAUGAUGAAGAUUGAAGAAGAAGAGAGGAAAAAAAUAGAAGAUAUGAAAGAAAAUGAACGGAUAAAAGCCACUAAAGAAUUGGAAGCCUGGAAAGAAUAUCAAAGAAAAGCCGAGGAGCAAAAAAAAAUUCAGAGAGAAGAGAAAUUAUGUCAAAAAGAAAAGCAAAUUAAAGAAGAAAGAAAAAAAUUAAAAUAUCAGAGUCUUACUAGAAAUUCGGCAUCUAGAAAUCUUGCUCCAAAAGGGAGAAAUUCAGAAAAUAUAUUUACUGAGAAGGUAAAGGAAGACAGUAUUCCUGCUCCUCGCUCUGUUGGCAGUAUUAAAAUCAACUUUACCCCUCGAGUAUUCCCAACGGCUCUUCGUGAAUCACAAGUAGCAGAAGAGGAGGAGUGGCUACACAAACAAGCUGAGGCGCGAAGAGCAAUGAAUACUGACAUAGCUGAACUUUGCGAUUUAAAAGAAGAAGAAAAGAACCCAGAAUGGUUGAAGGAUAAAGGAAACAAAUUGUUUGCAACAGAAAACUAUUUGGCAGCUAUCAAUGCAUAUAAUUUAGCCAUAAGACUAAAUAAUAAGAUGCCACUAUUGUAUUUGAACCGGGCUGCUUGCCACCUAAAACUAAAAAACUUACACAAGGCUAUUGAAGAUUCUUCUAAGGCACUGGAAUUAUUGAUGCCACCUGUUACAGACAAUGCUAAUGCGAGAAUGAAGGCACAUGUACGACGUGGAACAGCGUUCUGUCAACUAGAAUUGUAUGUAGAAGGAAUUCUGUUCUCUUGAGGGCAUUGAAUGUCAGGCCUCUGAGCCCAAGCUAAGCCAUCAUAUCCCCAGUGACCUGCAUGUAUACAUCCAGAUGGCCUGAAGCAAGUGAAGAAUCACAAAAGAAGUGAAAAUGGCCGGUUCCUGCCUUAACUGAUGACAUUACCUUGUGAAAUUCCUUCUCCUGGCUCAGAACCUCCCCCACUGAGCACCUUGUGACCCCUGCCCCUGCCCGCCAGAGAAUAACCCCCUUUGACUGUAAUUUUCCAUUACCUACCCAAAUCCUAUAAAACAGCCCCACCCCUAUCUCCCUUCGCUGACUCUCUUUUCGGACUCAGCCCUCCUGCGCUCGGGUGAUGAAAAAGCUUUAUUGCUCACACAAAGCCUGUUUGGUGGCCUCUUCCCUUGACAUUGAAGACUACCGUUAAAAUCACAUACACCUGUACACAGAGCAAACUUGUGAAAAAUAUGCAUAAGGUAGCUUUUUAAACAUUCUGUACUAGAACUAUGAGAAUUUAUUUAAAAAUCUGUAAAUCAUAGGGAAAAAUCUGUAUAAGUCAUAGUUAGAAGAGGAGGUACAGCUUGAUUUUAGAGUGAGAAAUGAACAAGAUAAACAUCCAGGGUUAGCCUGGGUAUGUGGGCAGCCAUUAAACAAGUAAUUACAUAGCUAACUGAAUAAUUACAAUUGCGAUAACUGCUAUGAAGAAAAAAAUACAAGAUAUUAAUGAGGACAGAAUGAGGGUUCUAAUCUAGUGUUGGGGGUUAGGGAAAGCCAUUCCACUGAAGUACCAUUCAAUCUAAGACUGACUAUAAGGCAAAGAAGUAAAAGAUAGAGGCGGGGACAAAGUAUGGCAAAAGUCAAGUAAAUUAGGGUGAAAAUGUCAUGAGAUCAGAAUAGACAGCUAGGUGUCAGAUCUCUUAGGGUUUUGUUGACCGUGUUUAAAAUCUGAAUCUUUAUUGUAAAAGCAAUGGAAAGUUAUUGAAGGGUUUUAAGGAGAGGUGUGACAUGAUGUAAUAAAAUUCUAGUAAAAUUACUUUGGCUGUUGUUAGGGCCUGUGUGAAUGUGGUGAAGAGCUGCAGUAGUCCACCUGAGUAAUGAUGACAA